AGAGGGAGAGAGAGGUGUCUAGAGGGGCCAGACCCGAUGCCGGGACUCUGCUCUGGGGGGUAGGGGGCUGUGGGGUUUGAGCUCCGAGCCCUGCCGCUAUGCCCGGCCAUUCGGGCCGUCGGUGCCGCCUGUUCUGGUUGCUGGCGAGCUGCCUGUGUGCCGCCUUCCUGUGCCUGCGGAGUGAGCUGGCCACUCAGCCCGAAGAGGAGCCUAGUCCCCUGCCCGUGCUGCAGCUCUCGCUGGCUUUCCUGCUCUGUUACUCUCUGAUCAAAUCCUGGUGCCCAGUCUGUCCUCACCAGCCGUGCCCUGUGAGGGCACCCUCGGCCCAUGUCGCCAGGAAAGUUGUCCUGGAGAGUUAUUAUGAGCAGCAGUUGAGAAUAUCCCCCCAUGUGCUGGGCCAUAGCCGGGCCCAUGUCAGUCAGAUUGUCACUGAGCUGCUCAAGGUAGGCAAGUGUGAACAGGAAGGGAGCACUUUGGCAUUCCGCGGAGAUUUCCUGCAGAUUGGCAGCACCUAUGAACAACAUCAGACCAACAGCCUGGACUGCUUCGACCUCCUGGUACCCAUCAAAGUCCCCCAAGCCCUGCAGCUGGAACCCACCUUCCACAUGGGCCCCCAGUCGUUGCCCUCCUCCCUGGAGGGCUCUGUUAUCUGCAGAGUGAAGCCAUGCAUAAAGCCGGAGUGGGCACGGUGCCAGAGGGAGUUCAUUGAGAGUUUCUGCGUCCGUUUUGGGAAGCAGCGUGCCCUGUCCUCUGCCCAGGUCCUCAGGUGGUUCCACAGCAAGGUGCUCCGCUGCCUGAAUGUGAUCCGCUUCCAGUGUGAACAGCGCUGUUCCAUCAGCCUGGCGCCUCUUAAAGACCAGCUCAUCCUCAAACUGCUGCCCAGGGCUGACUAUGUUUGCUGUCACAUCUCACUGUCCGUCAGGCUGAUCCCAGCCCUGCAUGUGGGGGAUUCCAUCUUCCUGGUGGCCCAGCCUAGCUGCCGGAGUGAACUGCAGCUGCCUGCUCUCAGCCCGGGCACCCUCUGGGCUGUUUACCUCUGCAAACACGAGCGCAAGUUUCUCAACUGGCUCAAAGUGCAAACGCCAAACAAUUCCUGCCACUUGAAGUGUCUGCAGAUUAUGAAGGCACUCCGGGACCUGGGCUGCAGAGAGUUUGACCAACAAUUCUCUGUUCAGUGGAACACAAUCCUGUGUUCCUACAACAUGAAAACAGCCCUCUUCCACCUGCUUCUGAAAGGUCCCCUGGAUGCAUGGGAUGACAGAUUCCUCAUGGAUAGACUCGAGGAUUUGGUCCUGUUUUGGAGGGAGCGGUUACAGAAACAGGAACUGAUGCAUUUUUUCCUUGGGAAUAGAAACGUUCCGGAUUUUCUGACGGUGCCUCGGAAGAUUAAGGAAGUGCUGCCCGUGAAUUUGCUGGCAGGCUUUGAUGCUGCUCUCUUGGACCUGGUCUCGUUUCAGCUCCUGAAAACGUGGAAUUGUGCUCAUCUCAUCAUGAAGCUAAACAAUCAUAAACACUUACCAAGAAAUUGCUAACAGAUGCUCAAAGCUGAAACUGCCUCCAAUUUAACAAAUGCCAAACCGUUUCUGCUGCUUCUCUCUGCUCGGUUGGUCAUUUAAUUUUAAUUUUAAUUUAUUGCAUGUUAUUCUAAGUGACACAUCGGUAUUAUGUCCUGGUUUGGUCAAAACAUGGUGUCUCAAAACAUGAAUCUUGUGAAGAAGAGUCACAUCACACUUUUACGUGAAAAAGAGUCACGUCUCUCUUCCGCUGAAGUUGCCAGACCUGCUGAGUUCCUCCAGCAAACUUGCUUUCUGUUUCAUUACAUAACUGUUCUCUGUUCAGGAAGAAAGCCAGUCAAUGUUC